GUUAAAACUUAAAUCUUAUUUUGACAUGGCAUCGUUUCUGGACCGUGCGAAAAUGUGAUGGACGUCUAUUCGAUUUUGAUUUUUUUUUCACGUAAAAAAAAAUUCUCUAAGUAUGAAAAUGUUUUAUCAAAUUUACUGUGAAGUACUAUUUGUUACUAUUAACUGUUAUACACAACUAAAAUAGAAAAAGAAGUAAUGUGAUGCCCAAAAUAGUAAAAAAAAAAUAUAUAUAUUAAAAAAAGGAACUUAAUAAUGAACUAAGGACCACGUGAAAAUGAAAGGUAGUAGGUCAGCGUUGCGGUAGUACGUAGUAGGGUGUUUGUCUUUAAGAAAUAGAUUGUUUAAUAUCUUAUGUGUAAAUAUAUAAAACGUGUUGUGCACUAGUGAAGACGGAACACUUUUUAAGGAAUAUUGAUUACGAAAAUAUUUUAAAUGCAGAGCCAAAAUGAAGAUACUGAGUGGAAUGACAUCCUCAGAAGCAAAGGGAUUCUUCCUCCAAAAGAGAAGGAAAUCAAGGAGGAAGAUAUUGUCAAUAUGUUGGAAACAACAAUUGAAUCAAAACAAGCAUCUGGGCAGAAGCAGGUGCAGGAGAUGUCGCUGGACGAGCUGGACGAGCUGGAGGACGAGGAGGACGAGCGAGUGCUGCAGGAGUACCGCCGGCGCCGUAUGGACGAGAUGAGGGCGGCGGCGGGGCGCGCCCGCUACGGCGAGGUCGCCGACAUCAGGGCGGAGGACUACGUGGAGCAAGUCAACAAGGCCGGGGAAGGUGUGUGGGUGGUGCUGCACCUCUACAAGCAAGGGAUCCCGCAGUGCACGCUCAUCAACCAGCACCUGAGCACGCUGGCGGGGAAGUUCCCGGCCACCAAGUUCCUGCGAAGCGUCUCCACCACCUGCAUCCCCAACUACCCCGACAAGAACCUGCCCACCAUCUUCGUCUACUUGGAGGGCGAGAUGAGGCAGCAGUUCAUCGGCCCCCACCAGCUGCGGGGGACUUCGCUGUCUUGCGAAGAGCUGGAGUGGAUGCUGGGGCAGGCGGGAGCGGUCCAGACCCAGCUGGAGGAGGACCCUCGGCCGAAAGUCAGAGACGUGCUGUUCUCCAGACUGAACGCAGGCAAGGAUGACUUGUCCGAAGACAACGAUUGGCGCUUGUGAGCAAGCCAUUUGUGAUUGCGCGACCUAGCACCUUCUAACGGGGGCUGCGAUUGUUGUGGUUUUGUGUGCCUGAGAAGUCGGGGGAAGCUUUUUCGCAUGAUGGUUGGAGGUGUGUAGAAAAUGGGCUUGGAAGAUGAUGAGCCUCUUAUUCAUGUUACUGUACAGACAAAAGAGAGAAAUUUAUUUACUAACUUAUUUAUUUUGUUGUAUCAUUGAUACAUGAUACAGAACUAAACUUAUGGUUGUAGAAAAUGGCGUACAGGUAAUAAAUUAUAUUACACAGUAAAAAUGUAAAGAUUCUGAAUCAAUAAAAAUUCUCUUUUGAUUUGUAAUUCAUUCACGUACAACAUUGGGAGCUUCAGGGCAGUGAGUAUACACAAAUAACAAAAAGUGCAGUGACCACAACAUAUAAAUUUUUAAGAGAGAAUUCUUUAUUUGUAGGGAUAAAAUGUUCUAGAACUUUGAACAUGGGCAAAUUAUCCCCCCCCACCCCAAAUGGCAACAGCAAUUAGUAGAAGUUUGCCAACAUGUUGGAGGCAGGCAUGUAAGUAUUUAAAAAGUACAUUACUGAACACACGUCUUUACAAUGAAAAUGCACAGCAGUGCAAGUAUUCAGAGGCUGGUACUUGAAGUAACACAUCUGCUGUUGAGGAAGCAAGUUCAACUAACAAAGAAAUGCCACGACUGGACAGAUGUGUUUGUUGUAAUCCCUAUCUCUUUCCUUCAUCCCACUCUUCCUCUGUCUCCCUCUCCUGCCCUUCUCCAGUUUUCUUACAUACAUACAUACAUAGUGAUUCUUUUUAUUUACCACUGCAGAAAUUCUCAAAAAAAUAUCCCUUCUUAACACCAAUUAUUAGAGCCAAGAUUAUAUGGUUUUAUGCGAAAUCGCGAAUUUUCACGCGAAAUUCAUCCCAAACCGCGAAAAAUGCGAAAUGUUUACUAACCACAAAUAAACACCUCAAUAUUGAUUUAAAUCGUUAACUACAGACUAUUGGUUGAUUGACAAAAAUUCCGUAUCUGUUUGUAGAAGAAAUGGUCGUCAUCCAACUGCAGUGUGGUCGUUAUUUAAUGCGUUAAUUAUUCAUCUUAAAAAAUUACAAGAUAUCACAAAAAUUGACGAUUUCACGAACAAAAAAAAGAUCGUUAUCGGAGUUAGGUUAGGGUUUUUAAACGCAUCUAGCCACUAGAGAUCACGCAAUAUUAACAACUGACGAUCGUAAACUAAAAUUAACAAGUUAACAAACACAACAACGUGAAAAAUCUCAGCGCCUUGUUUGCUGUAUCCUUUGAAAAAUACACGUGAACAAAAACUGCAUUCAUUAAAUAAAUACGUAUGAAAAUAAAAUAAAAGCGAACAUUGAUAUUUAAUGAUCACUUGAUGUUUAAUGUAAUUUCACUGUAACGCAAUUUUGUGUGCUUGUUGAAUAAGCAGUUUACAGUGAAGCCUUCAUUUUCAUUUCACACUUCACAGGCGAGAGAGCCAAAAUCGUAACAUAAUAUAAGUUUUCCGAUCGCUAAUGAAAAAGCACCAUAUUGCAAGGAUUUAUUUAUUUUACGGUCAUUAAAUAUUUUAAAUAACGCUUACCUACCCAACCCUCCCGGAAAAUAAAUAAAAACAUUUAUUUC